UGUCGGCAGUGUGCAGUCGGCACACACAUCUCACUUAUCCUGCGCAAAUUAAGCAUAAACAUUGCAGUUCACGUCUGCACUAACAAUUAAUUCACAGACAUUAAAGUAAUCUUGUCCGAACAAGUCAUGACUUUAAACUUUACACCUACCAUUGACUGUACGAUUUACUCUCAGAUGUGCGAUACUCCUAGAUGGUGCAACAGGUAUUAGUCCUACACAGGACUUAAGGUGUAUUUUACAUUCAAACUACAACUGAGUGUAUCCAGCUGGUGCAACCGGCCUCUGGUUUGUAAACCAAAAGAAGCCUUAAUCUGAUUUUGUUCAUGUUCUCCAGGUGUGUUUGGUGAUUCAGUGUCAGUGAUGGAGGGAGAUUCUGUCACUCUAAACACUAAUGUUACUGAAAUACAUGAAGACGACGACAUACUGUGGAAAUAUGGAGCUGAAAACUCUCUGAUAGCUAAAAUCAGCAUUGAGACAGAAGUCUUCUCCACAUCUGAUGUUCCUGAUGGGAGAUUCAGAGACAGACUGAAACUGGACGAUCAAACUGGAUCUCUGACCAUCACAAACACCACAACUGAACAUACUGGAGUUUAUAAACUAGAGAUAAGGGGAGCGAAACGAUCAUCAAAAACAUUCAGUGUUUCUGUCUAUGCUCCUCUGCCCACUCCUAACAUUACCAGAGAUAGUUCAUCCUCAUCAUCAUCAUGUUCAUUGGUGUGUUCAUCAGUGUUGAGUGUGUGUGAUGCGACUCUCUCCUGGUACGCAGGAAUGAGUGUAUUGUCCAGCAUCAGUGUGUGUGAUCUCAGCAUCAGUCUCUCUCUACCUCUGGAGGUGGAAUAUCAGGAUAAAAACCCCUACAGCUGUGUGCUGAACAAUCCCAUCAGCAACCAGACCACACAUCUGGACAUCAACACACUCUUGAGACACAUAAAUCACAGCAGCAGCAGCUCCAGCCACAAGCAGAAUAACACCACCAGCAGCAACACUUAUUUCUAUUAUAAAAGCAGCUCUUAUUCCUCCUACAGCAGCUAG